UGGAGCGCGAGGAGCACGCUCCUCGCCACCCCGUCGCCCGACCCCCGGCCCCCGAUGGCUCGGAUGGGGCUUGCGGGCGCCGCUGGACGCUGGUGGGGACUGGCUCUCGGCUUGACUGCGUUCUUCCUCCCAGGCGCCCACACCCAGGUGGUCCAGGUGAAUGACUCUAUGUACGGCUUCAUCGGCACAGAUGUGGUGCUGCACUGCAACUUUGCCAACCCACUGCCCAGUGUGAAGAUCACCCAGGUCACAUGGCAGAAGGCCACCAAUGGCUCCAAGCAGAACGUGGCCAUCUACAACCCAGCCAUGGGUGUCUCCGUGCUGGCCCCCUACCGUGAGCGCGUAGAGUUCCUACGGCCCUCCUUCACCGACGGCACCAUCCGCCUCUCCCGCCUGGAGCUGGAGGAUGAGGGUGUCUACAUCUGCGAGUUUGCCACCUUCCCCACGGGCAAUCGUGAGAGCCAGCUCAAUCUCACUGUGAUGGCCAAACCCACCAACUGGGUAGAGGGCACCCAGGCAGUGCUUCGAGCCAAGAGGGGGCAGGAUGAUAAGGUCCUGGUGGCCACCUGCACCUCGGCCAAUGGAAAGCCUCCCAGUGUGGUGUCCUGGGAAACACGGCUGAAGGGCGAGGCGGAGUACCAGGAGAUCAGGAACCCCAAUGGCACGGUGACAGUCAUCAGCCGUUACCGCCUGGUGCCCAGCAGGGAGGCCCACCAGCAGUCCCUGGCCUGCAUCGUCAACUACCACAUGGACCGCUUCAAGGAGAGCCUCACUCUCAACGUGCAGUAUGAACCCGAGGUGACUAUAGAGGGAUUUGAUGGCAACUGGUACCUGCAGCGGAUGGAUGUGAAGCUCACGUGCAAAGCUGAUGCUAACCCCCCAGCCACCGAGUACCACUGGACCACGCUGAAUGGCUCUCUCCCCAAGGGCGUGGAAGCCCAGAACAGAACCCUUUUCUUCAAGGGACCCAUCAACUAUAGCCUGGCAGGAACUUACAUCUGCGAGGCCACCAACCCCAUUGGCACCCGCUCGGGCCAGGUGGAGGUCAAUAUCACAGAAUUCCCCUACACCCCGUCUCCUCCCGAACCUGGGCGGCGCGCCGGGCCGGUGCCCACGGCCAUCAUUGGGGGCGUGGCGGGGAGCGUCCUGCUGGUGCUGAUUGUGGUCGGCGGGAUCGUGGUGGCCCUACGCCGGCGCCGGCACACCUUCAAGGGUGACUACAGCACCAAAAAGCACGUGUAUGGCAACGGCUACAGCAAGGCAGGCAUCCCCCAGCACCACCCGCCCAUGGCGCAGAACCUGCAGUACCCGGAUGACUCGGACGACGAGAAAAAGGCCGGCCCGCUGGGUGGGAGCAGCUACGAGGAGGAAGAGGAGGAGGAAGGCGGCGGAGGGGGCGAGCGCAAGGUGGGGGGCCCCCACCCCAAGUACGACAAGGACACCAAGCCCCCCUACUUCACCGUGGAUGAGGCAGAGGCCCGUCAGGAUGGCUAUGGGGACCGGACUCUGGGCUACCCGUACGACCCCGAGCAGCUGGACUUGGCUGAGAACAUGGUUUCUCAGAACGACGGGUCUUUCAUUUCCAAGAAGGAGUGGUACGUGUAGCCCCCUUCCAGAGCUUCUGUCUGUGCCCACUGCUCCCAGCCCCUGCCUGCCCGCACGCCCCCUGCCCACCCCCUCCAGGAGCUCAGCAGAGACUCACCCAGCUGCGCCAAGCCAGACCCAAACCCGGGGGCCAGGGGAGCCCAGGGCAGACGCGACUUGGCUUUGUUUUUUAUUUCCUCCCUCUCCCUGCCCUUCCCCAUGGUGUUGUGUUCGACUGUGGCUCUAGUGUUGCUGUACUCUCCCUUAACUGCCCCCCACCCCCACCCGCCGCCUGCCCUCCGUGUAGGGAGCCCUGUUCUUGUCCUGUGUACCUGGGUGUCCCUCCAGGGUUUGGGGAACUAGCCUCCCCUGGCCCCCAACACUGGAAAUUUGUUUGCGUUCUGUUCAUUGGGGUGGAGGGCUGAAGGGGCUCCAGAGGCAAAGCCCCGCCCCGCCCCCCAGAUGCUGCUCCUCCUCCACUGAAAGGGAGAGAGAACGCUCCCCCCAUGGAUAGCUGCCCUGGCUGGGAGUGUGGACCCCAAUCUAGACAGCCAGUGCACCUGAGAAGGAGGAAAGGGGGUGUGAGGCUUCUCCCAAGCACCCAGAGGAGUCUUGUUUAUUAAGUGGAGCCUUGGGCAGGGUUUUCCUGGUGAGGUUGGUUUUACAUUUUUUUUCCUCAUUGGCCUACAGAGGAAGGAGUUGGCCCAGCUCUGAUGGCCCCUCCUCUAUCCUGUCUGCUCCCCACACAGUGGGGCUCCAGGUGGGCCCCCACUUCCAUCCCUCUGCUAACACACACACAUGCACAACUGCACACACACUGCUCCCCUCCGCCCCGCUCUCCCCUGGGGCCACACACCCUAUCCAGCGUGGACACUGACCACACAGCCCACCCCUCUCUGCUCUGCCUUUCCCCCUUCCCAGCUGAGGAUGGGGGCUGCCUGUAGAAGCUUCCAGAGACAGCUGGCACUAGGCACCCCGGUGCCUCCACCAUAGAUCUCGGACCAGCCCCAGACUGCUUCUUACAACACAGAAGUUACUGAUUUCUCCCUUAUCUAUCAAGUGUUGGCCAUAGUCAGAGCUGGGAUCCCAGAAGGGAAUUGCCUCCAGGAGGUGAAGAAGUUCCUGUGUGGGAGCCAUGGAGAAGGUAGCCUGAUAGGCCGAGGAGUCCAGAUAAGGCCACACUGAAGGCCCACAUAGAAGCCUCAGGUCUCAGGCCUGGCGGCAGGGGCAGGAGUGGGGGCAGGGGGAGCGUAUUAGGGUUAGGCACCUGCCUGCCCACACUCCACUCCCUGCUUUGCUGUCCCUGGGACCUGUUCUGGCAUGAGGGGAGGACCUCCCUUUUGUGCAGAUUCCCUCCUUGAAUGGGACACUGGGUUCCUAUCAGCCACCAAGACUGGGUCUUCCCGUGUAUAUAAUGGAGGAAGACCCCUCCCUGCCCCGAGUCCCCCCAGCUCAAAGUGCCUCAGUUCCUCCAUCUGCCCCCCAGUACCCCCUGGCACUCUAGACAGGCAUGUUUGUGGGAAAGACCCUGGGCUGGGAGAAGCAAUCCCAAGGGUUCUCAUGCCUGCCCAUUAAGAUCCCAGCUAACCUGGCCCAGGCCGUCAGGGGCUCUAUAGGAUGGCAAGUGUUGGGGAGGGAGGCAGACCUCUCCGUGCCCCACGGGCACUGCCCUACCCUGCCAUAGGCUUCCUAAGGGAGCCCCCAAGCCCCCCACCUUCCCUCCCUGGUGCUGCUAUUUCCCCAACCAGCUCCAUCUCUGCCUUGGCAACCCUGGGCCCACCAGCUGGGUCCCCCUCACCUGGCCUCACUGCCCUGACCCUAGCCCAGGCCUCCCAGUAGCCAUGUAGCAGAAGUCUGAAGCCAUGCCAGCCCUGGGGCAGCUCUCCCCUCUAGGCACUGGAGGUACUGAAUGGGGUGGAGUUAGGGGAGAAAAUUCUGGGGUCUUUCUAGCCACAGGGUAGAGGAAAGUUGAGGAGCUGGGCUGCUUCUCCCAGCAGUAUUAGUGUCCCCCCCAGGGCAGGGGACCUUUUCCACAUUACAUCACUGCCCCAUCCCACCUCACACCAGUCUGGCCCCUCUGCUUGGUCCUCCCCUCAAGGCAGGAGGCAUUCCCUGUCCCCUGCUCCUCCUGCACUGCCACCCCCGUUCCUCAUUUUGUGAUGGACUUCAAAGGCCCCAGGCCCAGCCAAAGCACUGAGUCCCCCUAAGACGCCUCCUCACCCUCCCACAAUCAAAGCACAAAUUUUGGGGUCCAUGUAGAAUGGGCCAUGUAGGAGGUCCUGCCUUGCCAGGAGCCCAGCCACAGACUACGUCCGGUAGGUGCUGCUCUGGGCCCAGCGUGGGCAUGAGGCAGGGGUGGCACUGGGCUUAGAUAGGAGGUAUUUUCUGGGCCCCAAGUUUGUGGGAAGGUGGGCGCUGCUGCUGGGCCUGCAGACACAGCCAGCUGGCAGGGGAGGUCUGGCUCAGCAGAGAGAUCAGGAUGUUUUGCUUCUCCUUCCUGCCCCCAGCACGAGCUGAGAUUCAAUUUUGCUGGAAAUGAAAUAGACUUGGUAUGAAUUGUGCCAAGGCCUCCCCAGUUGUCACCCUGCCUCUUGUUGCCCUCUCUGUCCUUGCACCCCCACUCCACUUCUACCCGUUUCCUUACAGAUUUUGAUAUAUCGUUCUAAUGUGUAACAGAACCGUCUGAGUCCCCUCUUACCAGAAGGGUCUGAAAAGCAGCAGCACAGACUAGGUGAACACAGGCUGCAAGUGCCACCCCCUCAGGCCCUGCACACGUGUACGCAGUGGGCACACACACCUCCAAUACACCCAAGAACAGGUGUGUGUGCACAGCCAGGUGGGCACUCAGCACAGAUGUGGCAGAGGAAUGGGCUUAUCCAGCUGAAAGCCCUGGGGGAGAAAUAGUCACUUCCCAGUGCCCGGGCCAUCGAGUCUCACAAGGGCCCCAUCUCCUGGGCAUCUGCCCCCUCUGCCAGCCACCCCCUACCCCAUGUGCCCAACUCACUGGUGCAAUAACUUUUCUGCUAUCCUCAAAGCAGAGGAUCAGGAAUUGUGUUAGGUGGGUGUGGGCAGCUGGCUGAGCCAAGCAGACAUAGUUGUCCCCUCUCCUGGGAGGAGGGCAGUGCUCCCAGGCCUCGGAGUCCAGAUAGAGACUUCCCAAGCCUGACUGCCAACAAAAAUUCUGGGAUCUCAUCCUCCAGUGAGGGGCCCGUGGGCCUCCCCUAGUCCCCCGCACCCACAGGGAGACCUCACAAACUGCCCAGUGCCAGGGACACCUAGAGCAGGCCCUCCGCUAUGACCCAGGCAGUGAGAGCUCCUGGAAGCUGCCACUGCCACCACCAUCCUGCCUGCAAGGCCAGAGGAGCCCUGCCCAGCUGGUGCUGCCGCUCUUCUGACCCCUGCUGUGAGGAGUGGGACUCUUGGCUGAAAACAUUGGUUUUCUCUUUUUGUAUAAAUGGAAACAGCCCAGGAGAAGCUGCCAUCCUCACCUCCGAGUGUGAUACGCUACCUUUGCUUCAGUUUCUUCGUCACCCUUUCGCCUUUGGUCCUGGGGACAGCCCAGCAGAUUCUCCUGGUUCUGACCUAGGGGGUGUUUGCAUUGCCCCCUUUUACUUGUAUUAAAAAAAAAAAAAUGAUGGGUUGAAAAAUGUACUGAGGAAAAAAAAUGUACUUUUUUAUAAAUAAAGUGUUAAGAA